AUGGAUGCUUUCGCGAAAUCCCGUCUCGAUUCAAUUUUCAACGGAAAAAAGUCACCACCAUACGAUCUUGCGGAGGUUUCCGAACACAUUUGUACAGUGAAAAAAGAUGAAGGACUUGGAUUGGAGUUGAAAAAUCUGAUGGUUGUCACUAUAACUUACAAUAGUCCAUGUCAUGGUCAACUCAAAGUAGGAGAUGUCUUACUUUGUCUCAAUGGAAUUCAGAUGACUAUAAAAGUGUUACGUUUCAAACGACAUAUUUCCCGGCCGACAUCGUUCCCACCCCUCUAUAAACAUGAGGGAUUUACGAAUGAUACUUUAGUUUUGUAUAAUCUGAAAGGAUAUUUUCAUUUGGGAUUAGAUAUUAAGGAAUUGGAUGGAAAGCUGAUCGUUUGUGAUUUCGUCGAGAACUCGUUGGCUGAUAUCACUUUCAGUUUGGGAGAAUCGAUUUUAGAUGUGGAUGGAGAGAAGAUAACUACGUGUGCGGCGUUCAAUGAUCGUGUUCGAAAAUCUCUGGAAAUCCGAAAUUUCUGUUUAAUAACCGUUGAAGUUCCAUCAACUGAUCCGUUGAAAAAUUUGUUGAGAAAUCAAAUAUCGAAAGCAGUGAAAGAUGCGGCGAGAGUGAAUAAGUUACCUCCGGAUGCAGUUGCGUUUCUAGCAGAAGGGCUUGCUGUUUUCAAGAAAUUGGAGAGAGAGCCACUGAAAACUGUUUGGAUGGGAGAUAGACAUGGUAAGGGGGGUACGAGUGAGAAUGGAAAUCAUCUGAAAAUGGAGGACAAAGUGAAGGAGACAGAUGUACCAACUGGAUGGAAUUCUCGUCUUUUUGUGAGACUUCCCCCGAUGAAAACGUUUGAAACAGAGAAUCUUCCGCAAUAA